AUGGACGUCCGUAAGGCUUACGGCGUAAGCACAAAACAAAACGUGUCCUACAGUGUGCGCAGUAUGGUUUCCGCAGAUGUGAAGCAGAGCAACUUAACUGUACCAACAAUGCGCAUCUUUGCUCUUCCACUUGUGGUGCUCGCUACCCUCGUGUCGAGCUCUGUCGGCUACGCCUGCUUCGGACCCGAUACUCGUGCCGAACCUCCCGCUGGAGCCAUUGUCGUCGAUGCCACUGGAGCAUACAGCGGCAGCUUCCGCAACAUCUCGGAAGCUAUCGCACACGUCCCCAACACGACGGAGCAGCACACCGUAUUCCUAUACCCUGGCGUCUACCAUGAGCAAGUGCUCGUCUCGAAGCUGAAAGGGCCACUGGUGCUGCAGGGUUACACGUGCAACGCAACGUCGUACAAGUAUAAUGAAGUGACUAUCACCCACGCCAAAGCCCAGAGAGAUAUCCCUCCCGAGAUCACCAGUGGCCGCAACGACUUGACCAGUACUCUACGUCUCAAGACGAACAACGUGCGAGUGUACAACCUCAACGUUGCCAACACGGCUGGCAAGAUCGAGAAGGACGGCCAGGCUGUGGCCACUAUCAUCGAAGGCAACAACUACGGCUUCUACGCUUGCAACUUCACCGGAUACCAGGACACUGUUUACGCCAAUAAGGGCCGUGAACUGUUCGCCAAGUCGUACAUCGCAGGCGCAGUCGACUUCAUCUUUGGUUCCAAGGCCGAGGCGUGGUUUGAGUCUUGCGAUAUCGAGACUGUGGGUGAAGGUGCUAUCACUGCCAAUGGACGUGUGAACGAGUCGAGUCCGUCCUUCUACGUCUUCAACAACGCUCGGGUGUUCGGAUCCAGUGGCAACGGAUCGGCCUACCUGGGUCGCCCGUGGCGCCCUUACUCGCGCGUUGUCUGGCAGAAUAGUGAGCUCGGCGACGUCAUCCACCCGGAGGGCUGGCAGCAGUGGAACAACGACAACAACACCGCCAACGUGUACUACAAGGAGUUCAACAACCGCGGACCCGGUGCUGCUACCGACAAGCGUGUGUCCUUUAGUGGACAGCUCACUGCUCCUGUUGAUAUUACAGAAAUUUUGGGCGGAAACUACUCGACCGAGUGGUUUGUUGAUCACACUUACCUUGAAUAAGGUGCUGUAGAUACAUGGGGAGCGUACCCUAGAUAGAUAAUUGAGUCUGCAAACAAAAUAAACGGAAUGCUGCA